CUUGAAUUACUUCUUACAGGGGCGCUCUCUUCCGGUAGUAUAAAGAUUGCCACGAGUUAGCUCGCCGAGUCGGAGAGUAUCCAUCUUGAAAAGCAGCCUCCGGGACUUUGCUACAUUUUUAAACGGUGAUCACUAUGUCUGACGACGCUGAACAACAAUUUAUGGAGACCUCCGAAAAUGGAAACGAAGCCGAAGAACUGAAUGGAGCAGAAGAAUCCACAUUACAGCCCGAUGCGGAGGAACAAGAAAAACAGAGUUGUGAGGAAGAGGCUGCUGUGGAGGAAGUGGACGCUCAGAACGGAGCUGCAGAGGGGGGACAGAUAAAUGCAAGCAAAGGCGAGGAUGACGCUGGCAAAAUGUUUGUUGGUGGACUUAGCUGGGACACUAGCAAAAAAGACCUGAAAGACUACUUCUCCAAAUUUGGAGAGGUGACAGAUUGUACCAUCAAGAUGGACUCAAACACAGGAAGGUCACGCGGGUUUGGGUUCAUCUUGUUCCAAACAGCAGCAAGUGUAGACAAGGUUCUUGAGCAGAAAGAACACAGGCUAGAUGGACGACAGAUAGACCCAAAGAAGGCUAUGGCAAUGAAGAAGGAACCAGCCAAGAAGAUCUUUGUUGGUGGUCUAAAUCCAGAAGCCACAGAGGAGACCAUCAGAGAAUACUUUGGAACCUUUGGGGAGAUUGAAUCCAUCGAACUCCCAGUGGACCCCAAAUUCAAAAAAAGGAGGGGUUUUAUCUUCAUCACGUUCAAAGAAGAGUCCACUGUUAAAAAAUGCCUUGAGAAAAAGUUCCACAAUGUGUGUGGAACUAAAGUGACAGAUGGAAAGGAAGGUCUUUGUGAGAUCAAAAUCGCCCAGCCCAAAGAGGUGUACCAGCAGCAGCAGUUUGGAGGCCGUGGGGGUGGCAGCUACGGAGGAGGCCGAGGAGGCAGGGGCCGUGGCGGCCAAAACCAGUAUGGCAACCAGGGUUAUAAUAACUACUGGAACCAGGGCUAUGGCAACCAGGGCUAUGGCAACCAGGGCUAUGGCAACCAGGGCUAUGGUUAUGGUGGGCAGCAGGCCUAUGGAAACUAUGGCGCUUACGGCAACUAUGACUACUCUGCUGGAUACUACGGAGGCGGCUAUGGAGGGGGCUACGACUACAGACUCAAGUAAUCCAGAUUUGAGACUGGGGUGCGGCAGUGUGCAGGACUUGAUUCUUUCCUUUGGGAUGACAGACUUGAACUCCACUUGUACAGACCAUCUGAGGAACUGGGGAAGCAAAUGUCACUUUUCCACGUUUUUAUUUUAUCUUUUUUUUUUGUCCACAUUUCCAGAGAUGGAAGUGUAAUUUUUACUGUACUUUUUGGUACCUUUGAAUCUAAUGUAUUGUAUGGUAUUUUACAUGUCGACUGGAUUUACAUGAGCAUCGGAAGCUGUCAGAGCUUUUGAAAUAAAGCAAUUUUGAGUAAUUUUUUUCUGGUUUCUAGAUUACUUUCUUUUCUGACUCUGCAAGUGGCAACAGGACUUCCAACAAGAAAUUCGAUGUAGGAUUGGCGAUCAUGUAAAAGGGAUUGAUCUGAUUUCAUUUAAGAUUGUCUCUAGAGAAUGUCUGCUUGUAUAUGGAAGCAACCAAUAUAUUUUGGAUUCAUUUUAAUUUUGACCUGUGUUAAGUGGCAUUUAUACAUCUAGUUGAUGCUUAAAAUAUUGCAAGGGGGUUGCAGCCCCUCUGGAAUUUCAUUCCACCAAUGUCUUUGGCAAAUUGUUAGAAAUAAACAUUUUCGUUUAUAA